UGACCUCAAGACUCAUCAAAGGUUGAACUUGACAAUAAGUUAUUUGUUUUUUAGGGAUGUGAAAUGGCGAAGGAAAUACCCCCUCCUUCCUCCCUACCCUUUUCCUCUCUCUACUAUUACAAGCAUCUCGUUACCGGAGAAGCCACCGGAGCUAUGUCCCGUCCCCAGACUCUUCUUCAUUUCAGUUCUCCGUAAACAGUGACAGCAACGAAAUCCAUGGAGAUUCCUUGUCUUUCUCGAAACCUCCGUAAUUUCUCCAACCCUUACUUCUACUCUAUUUAUUCAUUUGCUCCUCGUUCUCCAUUUCUUUUGUACCGCUUUUCUCGAUUUUAUACCAUACUAGCGUCCGAUUCUGCUGCUGGGUCGUCCUUAAUCUGCAAUUCAACUUCUCAAUCCGUGCCUUCGUUGUGUUUGUUUGAGAGAUGUAAUGGCGGAACAUCGGAUUUGAAUCUUGCAUUGUUUCGACACCACUACAGAAGCUGCCGUGCAUUUUCAUCAUUUUCGUUGGAGAAGCGUCAAUGUGGGACUGGUAAUUUAAAUGUGUCUAAACGGAAUGUCACUUCCAAUCAAUUAUCAAAUAUUAUCAAUAUCAUUCGGGAAAAUCAAGAGGAUUUGGAGUCCAAGUUGGAUUCUCCGAAUGUACGUUUAACUAAUGUUUUAGUUGGUCAGAUUUUGGAGAUGCUGAAUAAGCAUAAGAUUUCUGCCUCUCGUUUUUUCAACUGGGUUAGUGUUCAAUCCUGUAAAUUUCCUUGUAACUCUGAUGUUUACAGUCUACUUAUUGAUAAUUUUGGUAGAUUAGAUGAUUAUGAGGGGAUUCUUCCUGUUCUGAUUGAGUUUGGUCUCAAAGGAAUUGAGCUAAACCACAAAGCAUUUGGGUUUUUACUUCCACUAUCAAAUGAACAUUCAAUGAAACUUUCUGUUGUAAAACUUGUUAAGUUGUUGAAUGAAGCGGGAGGAACUUGUAGAUUAUCUGGGAUCAUGGCAUUGAUUGAGAUGUUCUGUUCCCUUGGUUCUUUUGGAAUGGCCAAGUUUGUGAUUGAGAUAACUGAGAAAAGAUCAUCUUUCUACUAUAUAAUUGUUCGGGAAAAAUGUAAACAAAAAGAUUUCGAAGGAGCUCGAUGUACACUUGAUGAGAUGAGGCAAGUGGGUUGUAUCCCAGAUGCGGGGAUUCUCAAUUAUCUGCUCAGUAGUUUAUGCAAGAAUGACAAAUUUGGUGAAGCACAUAACCUGCUUGAAGAAAUGCUCGAACAAAAUUGUUCUCCAAACUCUUUGACAUUUGAAAUCAUUAUCUGCCAUCUCUGCAAAAUUGGUAACAUUGAAUCAGCACUCGGCUAUCUUGACAUGAUGGUGGCAGGGGGUCUUAUGCCUCGCCUUUCGACACACGCUGCCUUUGUGAAAAGCUACUUCAGUUCACAAAGAUACGAGGAAGCGUAUCAGUAUGCAGUUGAUUCUAGCUUGAAAUAUGUCACGACACAGAAUGCAACAUAUAGCUUGCUUGCAACUCUUCAUGAGAAAAGAGGAAACUUAGUUGAUGCUCAAAAAAUUCUUUCUGAGUUGAUGGAUGCAGGUCUUAAACCACACUUUCAUGUGUACACGAGACUUCUGAAGAAGCUUCAGGUUCAAGGCAGGGGAGAUUUAGCCAAUGAUUUGAAGAGAAAAAUCUCCAAUCUUCCAUAGGGAAGAUCCAUUGGAAGUGUCCAAUUUGCUAAGAAAGAGGUCUUCUUAACUCGGACACAAAAAAAAGAUUUUGGAGAAGUUUUUGACGAAGGUCUUCAAAGGUAAUACUUCUAAAUCCUUUAAUUGUAUGCUUAGCCUAAAAUUUAAACAACAUGAGAUGUUUGAGAUGUUAUGUAAAUCUGAGUUUGGUAUUGUUGAAUCGGAAGUCGCUUCUACUGCAGGAUUCAAUCCUUCAAAUCAGCUUCUUUGUUGAUUGUCUCACCAAUCGUUUUAAUGUAACACCAUUAAUAUGUCAAUUGCCAACCAUUGUCAAUGCUUAUUAAAAAAAUUUAAUCUUUAA